AUGGCGUCAAGCCGAAUGCUGCAAGCCGUAAACCUAUCUAGCACCACUGCAGAAUACGGUUCGCUCUUUCUCGCAGCCAUCGGUCUCGGCACGAUAGCCUACCUCUACCGCGAUAGUCUCUCCUGUAGCCUCCGCCGGCUCGUAAACAACGAUGCCGGGUGUAGAGUCCCAAAGCAAGACCUCGCCAACUCCCGGUGCAUCGUGCGCCGAAUGCAGCUGCAAAGCGCCAACUGCGUCGUCUUCUUCGGCUCCCAGUCCGGCAACGCCCAGGAUAUGGCCACCAAGAUCGCGCGGGAGGCGCAGUCCCGGUAUGGACUCACUGUUCUCGUAGCGGAUCUCGACGACUACGACUACGACGGCCUGCACGCCUGGCCGGCCGACGCCCUCGCCGUUUUUGUACUCGCCUCGUACGGGGACGGGGAACCGACAGACAACGCCCAGCGCUUCUUCGACUUCAUGGCCGUCGAGCAGCAGCCCCCUUUGACGGGGACGCACCCUUGCGGAGCAUGCGCGGAAGAGAUGGGCCUCGUGCAAAAGCAGACGACGCCGGAGACCUCUUGCAAGGUCUCUGAACUACCAAACUUCAGCGGCCAGAGCCACAACGGCCAACACGGAGUUCAGGGCCAAUACACACCGGUCCUCGCUUCCUUCACAAAAGCCUACAGCCUCUCCACCGGCGAUCGCGCAUGUCUACACAUGGAGCUCGAUCUCUCCCCCACCGGUCUACGAUACGAGACGGGGGACCAUUUGGGCAUCAUCCCACCCAACGCAGACCAAGAGGUUGACCGCUUCCUGCGCGUCUUUGGCCUCACCGAGAAGCGCCAUACCGUCAUCGAGAUCUCCCCUGCUAGCGGCAGCCAGGCACCCGUACCGUCGCCAACCACGUACGACGCCGCGCUCCGCUACUACCUUGAGAUCAACGCCCCGUAUCGCGGCAGCACGUCUGUACGUUGGCCGGGCAAGGAUAAGCAGGUCUUUGCGAAGGCAACCCAAGACCAAUACUACAACCUAGCGAGCUUUAUCGAGAACCUGUUUCCCGAAGAUCCAGUUCUCGCCGUUCCCUUCGCCACGCUCGUCGACGGAAUCCCAAAGCUGCGGCACAGGUUCUACUCCAUCUCCUCCUCACCUCGCGUAGACCCUGCAAAAUUAUCCAUCACGACGGUCGUCGAAUCAGUAGCCAUAUCGGGCCCCGCCGCCUGGGUGUAUGUUCGCAAGUCAAGCUUUAGACUCACAGACGAUGCCUCCCCGAUUCUCAUGAUCGGGCCGGGGACCGGCGUGGCCCCGUUCAGGGCCUUUGUGCAGGAACGGUCCGCCUUAGCCGAGGCGGGUAAACCCGUAGGCAAUAUGACUCUUGUAUUUGGCUGCAGGAGAGACCCCGAUGAUUUUCUCUACAAAGAUGAAUGGAAGGCGUAUAAGCAGGCCCUCGGAGACCGGUUUACCCUCCUCACGGCCUUUUCGCGACAAUCCAGCCGCAAAGUCUACGUGCAAGACGUCCUGCGCCAACAAGCGGCACUCGUCUCGCACAUCCUCGAGCACGGCCGCGUCUACGUAUGCGGCGACGUCCGCAUGGCUCACGGCGUCCAGGCCACCCUCGCCGAGAUCCUGUGCAGGUGCCUGAGCAUCACACCUGGCGAGGCCGACCGCCGCAUCGUGCAUAUGCGUGGCGCAAACAGGUACCAGGAGGACGUGUGGUGA